AUGAAGGACGUAGAACUGAAGGAAGUGGAUCAGGCAAAACAGCCAAUGACCCGAGAAAUAAAUGGCUGCGUGAAGGUCACGGUCCCAGAGAACACUGGAGUGAAGUAUGGCCUCUCCAAAGAUGAGUUAAUUAAAAUCGCCGGCACAGCUGGGUGGAUUCGGACUCGUUGGGCCUUGCUGGUUCUGUUCUGGCUCGGCUGGGUUGGCAUGUUAGCUGGAGCAAUAGUGAUCAUAGUACAGGCCCCACGCUGUAAACCCAUUCCUGAAAUGAACUGGUGGAACGAAGGUCUUCUGUAUCAGAUAUCUGACAUCAAUGCUUUCUCUGACAAUGGACUGAAAGGAGUGGAGGAGAAGCUGGACUAUCUGAGUCAGAUGAAGGUGAAGGGGCUUGUUCUGGGUCCGAUACACAAUGUGCAAGCAGACAAGCUGGAUACACUAAAUCUAACUUCAGUUAAACCUGAAGUAGGCACUGAGAAUAAAAUAGAAUCUCUGCUGGAGCAGGCACAUAAAAAAGGUAUCUCCAUAGUGCUGAAUUUAACACCCAACUAUGAAGGAGAAUCAGUCUGGUUCAAAAGUUUUACCACUGUUGCUGAGAAAAUCAAAGAAGCAUGUACAUACUGGUUGAAUAAAGGAUUUGAUGGAAUUUUCUUGUCUGACCUGGGAAACAUCAAAGAAACAGACUCCUGGUCAUCUAUACAAGCUAUAUUCAACCAAACCGACAAGACUAAAAAAGUAGCUCUGAUGGGAUCAGUCACCGGUCUUACGGUGGAUGAAGUCUCUGUCCUGCUGAACCAGUUAGGUGUUGACCUGCUCCUAACUGGACUGCCUGAUCCGGCUAAAUCUGGUGAAAAACAGGCAGAGGUAAUACAGAAGCUUUACUCUGGUAACCUGCAGACGAGUCUGGGCUGGAGUCUGAGUGGACGGACUCUGGGCUCUUUGGCUUCCAGAGCUCCAGCAGUGCCAGUGAAGCUCUUUCACACCCUGCUGUUCACACUGCCCGGCACACCUGUGCUCAACGCUGGAGAUGAGGUCGGACUGAAGACAGGGGAAAAACCUCAAACAAUGUGGGACUUGAAAAACCCAGAUGAAGAGACGAAUGUAACAGCAAAGGCUCUGCAGGAGGAGCGUAUCGCCAUGCGUAACUUCUUCAAAGCACUAAGUGAUCUAAGGGCAAAAGAGCGAUCGCUUCUGCACGGAGAAUAUGUCAGCCUUUACAGUUCAACCACUUCAUUAGCAUUUCUCCGCCUCUGGGACCAGAGUGAACGCUUCCUUACUGGCAUGAACUGGGGAAAUGACUCUGUAACCAUGAAGCUCACUUAUAGUGACCUGCCGGCUCAAGCUCAGGUUCGCCUCAGCACAGAUGCUGCGAAUCUAGCCGUGGAUCGCAUGGUGUCCUUACAGAAUUUAGAGCUUGGGCCCAAACAGGCUGUUCUGUUGUCUUAUCCUUAUGCUGGUUAGACACAUAUAUACAGAUCCUCGUAUUGUCUCAGAGCUGUUUGAUUUCCUCUGAGAUCUCAUAAAAUCCUAGUUUUAGUGCCUUUCUCCUUUUUGAAGUUUAAGUGGUCAAAGUCGAAAAGCUUUUAAAUUGGAAAUUAAAGUGAUUAAGAAUGUCUGUUGUUUAUGAAGCACAUUUUUUUGCCCCAAAAGAAAAAAAAAUCAUGACUUAGGUAGUCUUACUUAGUCAAAAAGUCGAAAUUAUCACAUAGCCUACCAAGUCAUAAUUGUGAGAUGAAAAGUUGAAAUUAUGACUUAAAGUCAUGACCUACUAAGACAUAAUUUUGACUUUUUAUGUCAAUUAUCUCAUAGAAAUCUUAAAUUAUGAUAACCUACAUUGGAAAUGAUGAGAUUAAACAUUUUAAAUUGUCAACUUUUGGGCAAUUUCAGCUGUUUAAUGUCGAAAUAUGACUUUUUGAGUCAUAUUUUCGAUUUAGUAUGUCAUAAUUUCAAAAUGUUAUUAUAAUUAUGAAAUUUAUGACCUGGUUUCACAGACAGGGCUUAGAUUAAGCCAGGAUUAGGAAUUAGUUCAAUUAAGGCAUUUAAAAAGCUUUUGGAAACAUGACAAAACAAUGGCACUGACAUAUUUUAAGGGCCUGUUUAUACACCUCAUGCGUUUUUACUAUUUGAUUUGUUAAAAUGGUUCCAUUUACAGUUGGCCACAAUCACAAAUGUUUCUCCGCAGAAUGAAUAUAAAUCCAAUCUUUAAUUGCUGCACUAUAGGCAAAUUUAAGUUCACGUCAACUAAAACAACAGAUAUGCCCUACAUUUUAUUUAUCAUCAGCUAAUUUCAAGAUCAAAGACCACAACAGGAGAAACAUCUUCAUCAGCACUGGUAAGAUCAUUUAGUUUCAUUACUUUUAAUGAAGAUUACUUUUUUUGAGCAUCAGUGACGUACUUUCAGUUUCAUUUGCAGCAGUUUGCACGUCGGCUUGCUGAAGAGAUACUCAGCUACUCAUUUUCACUGAAGUGUGUUGCUGUAGUGCUGUCAUAUCUGGCUAUAACAUGUCAUAUAGCUAAUAACGCGCUCACAUGUUUAUUUUUUUUAACAUAUUGGAAGGAGUAAAAUUUACAUAUGUGGUUUCAACAAUAUGCAUUUAAACCUAUCCAGUUUCGUCUAGAAUGAGUCCCAGACCACCUCCUGAAGUGGUUUGAGGGACCACUUCAGUCUCAAAAGCGUUUCGAAGGGCAUUUACACCUGGUCUUUUCACGAUCGGAUAGAUAUCCGAUCAGAGAAAAUGCAUUAAAAGUGACCAGGUGUAAAAAGGCCGUAGGAUAUGACAGUGCAAGUUAUACUUUGGGUUAAAACAGCUCAAACAUGCAUUUUAGUCUGGGACUAGGCUUAAGCCUUGUCUGUGAAACCGGGGCAGUAAGUCAUAAUUUCAACUUUUCAUUUCAUUAUUAUUACUUGGUAUAUGUCAUAAUUUUGAUAUGUUCUAAUUAUGAUUUACCAAAGCAUGAUUGUUUUUCUUUUGUGUCAGAAAUUGGCUUCCAUACUUUUGAUUGUCAAUCUGUGUGUAUUAAACUUUACAUCUUUUCUCUACUAAUAAAAAGUGAAAUACAAAGUUAAAUAAAAAGGUUUGACAAAGUGCAAAACCACAUUAAAAUAAAUAAAUCAGCUUAACUACAAAUCCGA